UGGAUUCUUUGUUUAUAACCUCAAUAUUAACCUCAAUUAUAACAAUUUUGAUACCAGUAGUAUUAUCGCUAUAACACUGGUUAUUUUACAAAACAUUGUUUAAUAUUCAAUUGUGGCGAGACGGAAGGCAUUUUUAAGUUGCAGAACAGGUUAUUAGGUAAUGCCAGAAAUGAAACUUAUAUUUUGGUAAAGACAGUUUUAUAUACGUGUAAGGUAAAAAAAUGUUAAAAGCAAAUAGCCUUUGUCCUAUAUUGCGUAAUUUUGCAAGAGAUUCCAGCAGUAUAUUUAGUUUGUAUUCCUUUAAAAGACAGGGUAGUUUUAAUAUUCGAAGAGAGUUCUGUUCUGAAAAACCUCAAGCCAAAGAUUCAGCACCAGGGAGAGGUAAAGGCCCAAUAACAUGGAAAAGCUUAACAGUAACAGCAGUUAUUGGAGCUGGUUUUAUGGGGUGGAUGUACCAUUUAAAAAAAAGGAAAGACGAAAUGGAAGCUAAAGAAAGACAAAGAAUGCUUGGCAAAGCAAAAAUAGGAGGAACUUUCGAAUUAGUUGAUACUAAUAACAAACUAAGAAAAAGUGAAGAUUUCCUGGGACAGUGGCUUUUGAUUUACUUUGGAUUUACACAUUGUCCAGAUAUUUGUCCUGAUGAAUUAGAAAAAAUGGCAGAAGUGAUUAAUAUUCUUGAUAAUUCAGAUUGUCCAAAAGUACAGCCCCUAUUUAUAACAGUCGAUCCAUUGAGGGAUACACCUGAGAUAGUGGGGAAAUACUGCCAUGAGUUUACCCCCCGAUUGUUAGGGUUAACAGGAACUGAAGAACAAGUAGCUAAAGCAUGCAAAGCAUACAGAGUUUAUUUUAGUGCUGGACCAAAAGACAGUGAUAACGACUAUAUUGUCGAUCAUACGAUAAUAAUGUAUUUAGUGAAUCCCGACGGCAAUUUUGUGGAUUAUUACGGACAGACGAGGAAUGCCAAAGAAAUGGCUGACUCCAUUAAAAUAAACAUGUUAAAAUAUAAUCAAUUAAAUAAGAAGAGUUGGUUGUAAUCCAUGUAUUUACCUUGUAAAUUGUUAGCUGUUAAGCUUUUUUCAUUUCAGUAAAGAUUAAUAUAUAUCUAUAUCUAU